AUGGCCCUGUCCGUGCGCACCAGCGGAGGCUCCCGGCCCUUCUCCUCUCGCAGCGGAUUUGGGGGGGGAUCGAUGAGGAUGUCCAGUUCUAGUGGCGCAGGAGGCUUUGGUGGCAGUGGCCUUGGGUUUGGCGGUGGCUCUGGGGGAGGUUUUGGUGCUGUUUCUCUACUGGGUUCAGGCUCUGCCUUCAGUGGGGGCUUUGGGAGCAGGUUUGGAGGUGGUUUGGGUGGUGGCUAUGGAAGCAGCUUGGGCAGUGGGUUUGGGGGAGGUUUGGGAAGUGGCUUUGGCAGCAGUUCAGGCGCUGGUGGCUUUGGCCCUGCAGGUGCUGGGGAUGGAGGUCUUCUUUCUGGCUCAAAAAAGGAAACCAUGCAGAACCUCAACGACCGUCUGGCUGCGUAUCUGGACAAAGUGAGGUCCCUGGAGGAUGCCAACACUGAGCUGGAGCGCAAAAUCCGUGAGUGGUACGAGAAAAGUGGCCCUGGCACUGGCAGCCCUGGAUCUGGGAACGACUACAGCAAGUUCUAUCCUCUUAUCGAAGAUCUUCGGAACAAGAUCAUUAACGCAACCAUCGACAAUGCCAGGAUCAUCCUGCAGGUCGACAAUGCCAGAUUGGCUGCUGACGACUUCAGACUGAAAUAUGAGAACGAAGUGGCUCUUCGGCAGAGCGUGGAGGCUGACAUCAACGGCCUGCGCAGAGUCCUGGACGAGCUGACCCUGACCAGAGCUGACCUGGAGCUGCAGAUUGAAAGCCUGAAUGAAGAACUGGCUUAUCUCAAGAAGAAUCAUGAAGAGGAGCUCCAGGGCAUCCAAAGCAGUGAGUUUGGCCAGGUCAGUGUGGAAAUGGAUGCUGCCCCAGGGACUGACCUGACCAAGGUUCUGAAUGACAUGAGAGGACAGUACGAGGUCAUUGCCGAGCAGAACCGCAAAGAGGCCGAAGCAUGGUUCAACGAGAAGAGUGGGGAGCUGAAAAGGGAAAUCUCCACCAACACGGAGCAGCUCCAGUCAGGAAAGAGCGAGAUCACGGAUUUAAAACGGACUCUGCAGAGUCUGGAGAUAGAGCUGCAGUCCCAGCUCGCCAUGAAAAAAUCCCUGGAGGACACCCUAGCAGAAACAGAAGGUGGUUACUGUGCUCAGCUGUCACAGAUCCAGCUGCAGAUCGGGAACUUGGAGUCGCAGCUGUUCCAGGUCAGGGCUGACAUGGAGCGCCAGAACGCAGAAUAUCAGCAGCUUCUGGACAUCAAGAGUCGCCUGGAAAUGGAGAUUGAGACCUACAGGCGUCUGCUGGAUGGAGAGGGUGCAGGACAGGCAGUCACAUUUGAAAGCUCAUCCCUGACAGGGUCCAAAUCUCAAACACAGUCACUGGAUUCUUCUCAGGAUCCAACCAAAACUAGGAAGAUCAAGACAAUUGUGGAAGAAGUGGUAGAUGGAAAAGUCAUUGCAUCCCACGUUAAGGAAGUUGAAGAGAAGAUAUGA